GUGUGAAUGUUUCGCACCGAGACGUUGAAGAGCGAUAGCAUCAGCGUCGUCGACGCAAACGCAAACAGGCCAAGAGGACCCGGGUUCGCGAGGCGACGGAAGUUCGCGUUGUCCCUCGGGCCCAGCGCAGUGCGGGCGGGCACUGCGUGGACCUGAUGGUGGUGCGCGUUGUACUGCUCGUGCACCUGCCCGUUCUCGGCCUUCUCGAGCUGGGACGGGCUCGCCCUCGCUUUCUCGCUGAGUUCUGCAGACAUCGUUGUUGUGCGGGGUGACAGCGAAGACAGAGGGAGCGAUGCAGGAGGAGGGCUGGGAUGGUGCGAGACGAGGAAGGCCCGACCGCGAGAGCGUGUCAUCAGUCGUUGGACACCCUGGACAGGCAUAGCACGGCGCUAUCUCCUGUCUCCUCUCAGCGGUUCUCGCGUGCCUUCCCCAUGCCGUCACGAGUGCGGGUUCGACACUUCGCCCGAGGGCAUAGACACUUGGGCUUUGUCAGAUGCGCUGUCGUCCCCAGGCCGAUGCUGUGUGCCUGCUGGGGAGUGGUGACGGCACAGCGUUCAAACGUUCAGGGAGACACCCCUCGACACACUCACCUGCGGACCUGCAACGCGGCGCACAACUGCCAGCGACGAACCGUUGAACCGUGCGACCUGACAUGGCCCCAGAAAAUUUGAGCGUCUUCGUGGGGUCUCCGAUACACAGUUCGCGAUCGUGUGGUGAUCCAUCAGAUAGAUAGCUCCUUUGAACGCGUCAAUAGACGCAGCCCGCUGGGUUGGAACCCCCGACGCCAUAGUGGUGGCACGACGAGUCCAAAGUUAGACCACCAGACUCGUACGCGUUCGAAUCGUCCCACACGGCAGCAGCCAGAACGCCUGUUGAAGUGAGCGCGUCCGCGGAGAAGGGCCCAGGAGGCCUUCUAGGCCAGAGGACAGUGGUGAGGACCCGGAAGACACUGACCAAGCGAACGAUGUACGCGGGGGCUGCGAGUACCUCCGAUCUCGGAAGCUCCAGUGACCUCCGCGAACAUUGAACCAUGAAGCCAAGCGACCAGGUGAUGGUGAGCAUGCAUCGU